UUUUGGAAAGGACUGUAAUUAUGGCGACCUCCGUUGCAGAGGCGUGAAAAGGCUAUUAAUUUAUCUUUACUUGUCUGAUUAAAUGUAUUUGAGCGAAUAUUAAAAAUAGUCAUGGGUGUUCUCAGACAUGUUGUGUGUGCUAUGUCUGGAGGGGUUGACAGUUCUGUCAGCGCACUGUUACUCAAAAGAAUGGGCUAUCAUGUGACUGGUGUGUUCAUGAAGAACUGGGACUCUCAGGAUGAGAGAGGGCUGUGUUCAUCAGAGAGAGACUGUGAAGAUGCUUAUAAAGUGUGUAAGAUGCUGGAUAUGCCUUUCCACCAGGUCACAUGUGUUAAAGAAUACUGGCAUGAAGUAUUUAGUAAUCUUCUUUGGGAAUAUGAGCAGGGCAGGACACCAAAUCCAGACAUAAUGUGUAACAAACACAUCAAGUUUAAGCACUUUUAUCAUUAUGCAGUUAAUACUUUAGGUGCUGAUGCCAUGGCAACGGGACACUAUGCCCGGACAUCCCAGGAGGACGAGGAGGUUUUUCAACAGAAGCACGUCCCACCUCCCAGAAUCCUCUUCAGAGAUCGGUUUGAAACUCGAAGGCCCGUGCGGCUCUAUCAGGGUGCGGAUCACUUGAAGGACCAGACAUUCUUCCUCAGUCAGAUUUCCCAGGAUGCUCUGCGACACACAAUAUUUCCCCUAGCUGGGCUAACCAAAGAAUUUGUGAUGAAAAUAGCUGCUGAGGCUGGCUUCCAACAUGUUCUAAAGAAAAAAGAGAGCAUGGGGAUCUGUUUCAUUGGGGAGAAAGAUUUUGAGAACUUUAUCCUUGAGUACAUUGAGCCCAAACCAGGAAAUUUAGUCUCCAUUGAACAUGGGAAGAUCAUGGGGCAGCAUAAAGGCUGGUUAACAUUAACACUGGGUCAGAGGGCUAGAAUAGGAGGGCAGAUAGACCCUUAGUUUGUAAUUGAUAAAGAUACCACAAGCGGUGAUGUAUUUGUGG